AUGUAUUACGAACAAGCAAAGAUUUUAUUCGAACAAAAAAAAUAUGAUAAAGCUUUCAGUUUAUUUUCAAUCUCGAUGAAUUCAGACUCUUAUUUUUAUCUUGGUCUUUGUUAUGAAUAUAAAUUAGGUGUUUCAAGAUACGAUUUUUGGACAUCCAGGAAUUUUUAUGAACAAUGUAUACAAGAUAACAGUACUUUUAAAUAUAGAGCUGCAUUGCAUUAUGCAUGCAUGAAUCUUAAAAUGUAUAAACGUCUUAAUGAUCAAAUCAAUAAUUUUUUUACCAAAGAGAAUGAAUAUAUGUAUAAAUAUUUUAUUGGUUAUGCUUUUAUCAAUGGUGAAUUUGGUGCUACUGUAGAUAUCGAUUUAGGUGAAAAAUAUUUAAAGGAAAUUAAUUGUUACGAAAUUAAUCAUGAUGAUAUACACUAUUUAUAUAAUCUUUAUUAUAAAGAAUUUGGUGAUUUUUUUAAUUUGAUAAAAUGGAAAAAAAAAAUCAAUAUUGAUCUGAUCGAUUAUUAUUUUGAUAUUGCUAUAUCCGGUAAUAUGAAAGUUGGAAAUAUUCCUAUUGAUGAAUAUUACAAACAACAGUUUUAUGAAAUAUAUUUAUAA